AUGCCUGCCCGGACACUCCCAGUCUUCACCCCGGAGGAGAUCAAGCAGCACACCUCCGCUAAGUCGUGUUUCGUGCUGCGUGGCUCAAAGGUGUACGAUGUCACCUCCUUUGUCGGUGACCAUCCCGGGGGUGGCGACGUGAUACUCGACUACGCAGGACAGGAUGUCGGGGAGAUCAUGGGCGACAUCGUCUCGCAUCACCACAGCGAGGCGGCAUACGAGAUCCUGGAGGAAUGCCAUGUCGGCUUUCUCGAGCAAUCGCACGCCGACGGAUCGACGAAGGCUGCCACGAACGGCUGGUGUGCCAAAGACACCAAGCCCGUCUACAAAUCUACCGGCCUCUCCACGGCAGAGGACCUCAGCGUCGAAACGGACAUCACCUCUGACUACAAGACACACAAGUUCCUUAACCUCAGUAAACCGCUGCUGAUGCAACUAUGGAACGGUGGCUUCUCCAAGGAGUUCUAUCUCGAACAAGUCCACCGUCCACGACAUUAUAUGGGUGGUGACUCCGCGCCUCUUUUUGGAAACUUCUUGGAGCCUCUCAGCAAGACGGCUUGGUGGGUGGUGCCGACAAUAUGGCUGCCAUGUGUGGCAUUUGGAGUAGCGAUGGGCAUAAUCGGCAUUGGGAGCGUUGGUGUCGGCGCCAUGUACUGGCUAGGCGGCCUUUUUCUGUGGUCACUGAUUGAAUAUGGCAUGCACCGAUGUCUCUUCCACAUUGACGACUACCUCCCGGAUAACAGAGUUGCCAUAUGCCUUCACUUCCUCCUCCACGGCAUCCACCACUAUCUUCCAAUGGACAAAUAUCGCCUCGUCAUGCCACCUACCCUGUUCAUUGUCCUUGCCACGCCAUACUGGAAGCUCUCGCACACCGUAUUUUACUAUAAUUCGCAUGCUGCAAACUUGGUGUUUUGUGGUGGUGUGUUUGGAUAUAUCUGCUAUGACUUGACCCAUUACUUCCUCCACCACCGCAAUCUACCCUAUUACUAUAACGAACUGAAGAAGUACCAUCUCCAGCACCAUUUUGCCGACUACGAGAACGGAUUUGGCGUCACCAGCCGAUUCUGGGAUAAGGUGUUUGGCACCGAGCUCCCACCACUCGGUCCUGCAAAGGUCGAGUAG